UAAUUUAACUUUUAAAUUCCUUCCACCAUCGAAUCACAAUCUCUCUCUCUCUCGCUUGCUGUUACUCGCUUUUUCCCAGAACCGGCUUCGAUUUUUCUAAAGCAGCCGAAAUUUACGAUUCCCAGAAUUUUCCCUACUGACAAAAUUUCACUUCAAAUACAAAUCUCGUCUUCAUGAGUCUUCUUCUUCGUCCAAAUUGAAUUUUCUCCGCACACGAGAGUUGAAUUUUGAUUUUCGGCUGUUUAUAUGGUCUCCGGUCCCUUAGGGUUUUAAUUCUUCUGCAGAUCUCUCACGAUGAGCGUUGCGAAAUCCCAAGUAUGGCAGCCAUGCAAGAAGAAGAGGUCCUCCUCCUGAUUCAAUAGAGAUCUAUCUAUAUAUAUAUAAGAGACCGAGAUAUAUAUAUAGAGAGAGAGAUGGCUUCUCGAACAACGCCUUCACGAUCGACUCCUUCACGAUCAACGCCUUCUGGUAGUUCUUCUGGUGGUAGGACACGAGUUGGUAAGUAUGAGCUUGGACGAACUUUGGGUGAAGGAACUUUCGCUAAGGUCAAAUUCGCUAGAAAUGUUGAGAAUGGUGAUAAUGUCGCUAUUAAGGUUAUUGAUAAAGAGAAAGUUCUGAAAAAUAAGAUGAUCGCUCAGAUCAAGCGUGAGAUUUCGACGAUGAAAUUGAUCAAGCACCCGAAUGUCAUUCGUAUGUUUGAGGUUUGAUUCUGAUACUAUAAAGCUGAAUUCAAAGUUGUGUUGCACGUUUUGGUUGUUGUUGUUGUUCUAUAGAUUUGUGCUAUAAGCUGAGAUUCGUUUGAAGUUAUGGAACAUAUUUGUGGUCCCUGGCUAAUCAUAUGUGAUGGCUAGCAAAACUAAGAUCUACUUCGUUUUGGAAUUCGUCACUGGUGGGGAGCUUUUCGAUAAAAUUUCAAGCAAUGGGAGAUUGAAGGAAGAUGAGGCGAGGAAGUAUUUCCAACAGCUGAUUAAUGCGGUUGAUUAUUGUCAUAGCAGGGGAGUUUAUCAUAGAGACCUUAAGCCAGAAAAUUUGCUUUUGGAUGCUAAUGGUGCUUUGAAAGUGUCUGACUUUGGAUUGAGCGCUCUACCUCAGCAAGUUCGAGAGGAUGGGUUACUUCACACAACCUGUGGAACACCCAAUUAUGUUGCUCCGGAGGUAAUCAACAACAAAGGUUAUGAUGGAGCGAAGGCUGAUUUGUGGUCUUGUGGAGUAAUUCUCUUUGUUUUAAUGGCUGGUUAUUUACCUUUUGAAGAUUCUAACCUGACGUCGUUAUAUAAAAAGAUAUUCAAAGCAGAAUUUACUUGCCCUCCCUGGUUCUCUGCAAGUGCUAAGAAGUUAAUCAAAAGAAUUCUGGAUCCCAAUCCAGCAACGAGGAUUACAUUUGCUGAGGUCAUUGAAAAUGAGUGGUUUAAAAAAGGGUAUAAAGCACCUAAAUUUGAGAAUGCUGAUGUCAGCCUUGAUGAUGUUGAUGCAAUCUUUGAUGACUCAGGGGAGUCUAAGAAUCUUGUUGUGGAGAGGCGAGAAGAAGGACUCAAAACACCAGUAACGAUGAAUGCUUUUGAGCUCAUCUCGACAUCCCAGGGUCUCAAUCUCGGUUCACUUUUCGAAAAACAAAUGGGGCUGGUGAAACGAAAAACUCGAUUUACUUCCAAAUCUUCGGCUAAUGAGAUAGUUACAAAAAUUGAGGCUGCGGCAGCACCUAUGGGGUUUGAUGUCAAGACAAAUAACUACAAGAUGAAGCUGACAGGAGAGAAAUCAGGCCGCAAGGGUCAGUUGGCAGUUGCCACUGAGGUUUUUCAAGUUGCUCCAUCUCUUUACAUGGUUGAAAUGCGAAAAUCAGGGGGUGACACAUUGGAAUUCCACAAGUUUUACAAGAACCUUACCACGGGACUUAAGGACAUUGUUUGGAAAACCAUCGACGAAGAGAAAGAGGAAGGAACCGAUGGUGGUGGUACUAAUGGUGCCAUGGCUAACCGGACAAUUGCAAAACAGUCGACAUAAGCUGUUUACUUUUUUCUAAUAUAGAUUUUGUUCGUUAUAAAUUACUAUAGUAGUACGGAGUGGUUUUGAAGUUAAUACAAAAGGAAGCGUCAAGAAGUGGAGCAGAAGCAGUUUGAAACUAUAUUGGGGAAUGGGGAUUAUUGAUAUUUUAAUCAUGUUUGAUUCCAUGGAAUGUUGUGAAUAGCAUAUGCGUGUUGCGAGGUUCUUGGCUUGAAUCGAUUAACCGGAAAGUAAAAGCUUUACAGAUUUGGUUUUGCAAUUUCUAUAUUGUCGGACGCUGAGAUUCGAUAGAUAUUUCAGUUCAAAUGUACUGAAAACAAACUAACACUUGUGUGUGAACCAAAUCGAAAUUUAUUUUCAUAAUUUUAAAACC